CGUCCCCGCCGCCCGCCCACCCGUCCGUCCGUCCGUCCGCGCCGUCGGAGCCGGGCCCAGGCCGCUUCCAGGGUCGCCCGCCCGCCAGCGCGGUCGAGAGCGCACCGGGGCCGGCGCCGUCCAGCCCGGGGCAGGGGGCGCAGCCAGCCGGGGUCGAGGCGCGCGGGGCGACGUCGUCGCGGCGGCCACCAUGGUGGCCACGUGCCUGCAGGUGGUGGGCUUCGUCACCAGCUUCGUGGGCUGGAUCGGCAUCAUCGUCACCACGUCCACCAAUGACUGGGUGGUGACCUGCGGCUACACCAUCCCCACCUGCCGCAAGCUGGACGAGCUGGGCUCCAAGGGGCUGUGGGCCGACUGCGUGAUGGCCACGGGCCUGUACCACUGCAAGCCCCUGGUGGACAUCCUCAUCCUGCCGGGUUAUGUGCAAGCUUGCCGAGCUCUCAUGAUUGCUGCCUCCGUGCUGGGUCUGCCCGCCAUUUUGCUCCUGUUGACAGUCCUCCCUUGCAUCCGAAUGGGCCAUGAGCCUGGUGUGGCCAAGUAUAGGCGGGCUCAGCUGGCUGGUGUUCUGCUCAUUCUGCUGGCUCUCUGCGCCAUUGUCGCCACCAUCUGGUUCCCCGUGUGCGCCCACCGUGAGACCACCAUCGUGAGCUUUGGCUACUCCCUGUACGCGGGCUGGAUCGGCGCGGUGCUGUGCCUGGUCGGGGGCUGUGUCAUCGUCUGCUGCUCUGGAGAUGCCCAGUCUUUUGGUGAAAAUCGUUUCUACUACGCUUCUGGCUCCAGCUCCCCAACUCACGCCAAGAGCGCCCACGUGUAAAGCGUGCUGCGGGCUCCACCCAGGUGCUGUAGAUUUUGGGCCCAGGGCCUUGGGUUUGCUUGGGAGGCGGGGAGCGCACCCUUUUGCCAGGCACCAAAGCCUCAGAUCUAGAGAGCAUCCUGCCUGGCAUUUUUGGAGUCCUCACACCUCUCCGCCCCACUCCCUUUUUGGUUGCCUUAAAAGACAUUUCUAGCUUAGAUCAUGUCCAUAGUUUUCUCAUGGCCUUGCUCUUCUUACUUUCUUUUUCCUCCCUUCUUGGAUAUUCCUUUGUUGUUUAUUAAAAAAAACAAACAAAUAAACACACAACUGUUUUGUUUCUCUCUAAAGUUUAAAUAUCUUGCAACCAUUUGCUGAAUGGGGUGUGGAUGGGGAGAGAACUAAAAUACACCUUUCAAACCAUUACAAAUGACAAUGGCAGCCUCCUAAGAUGCUUCACCGUUUCCUCUUACCAUCCCAGGGUCCUUCGUGCCUAAGAGAUAGAAAAGGAUAGAGGUAGGAACCUGAGUGGGAGGGAAGGGAGUUGGGGAACUUUCUCUCUGUGGGAAAACUUCCCUAUCGUUAAGGCGAGGAGCCGGGCUCUUUUAUAGUUUGUGAUCUCACAUUUGUCUGAACACACUUUUCAAGAUGGAUCUUUUUU